AUGCCGGGAGCCCUCACGAGCCUCGCUCUCCAAAUUCCACCUAUUUUUCCCAUCCUAGCACUCCCCUUUCAGAGAAUUUUCCCAGUCCUGCUCUGCUCAGCCACCUCUGGAGCGCUCAUCUCCAGGUCCUUCCAGGGCAGCCACGGCCGUGCCUACCUGUUCAACUCCGUGGUGAACGUGGGCUGUGGCCCGGCUGAGCAGCGCCUGCUGCUGACGGGGCUGCACUCGGUGGCCGACAUCUUCUGCCAGAGCUGCAAGACCACGCUGGGCUGGAAAUACGAACAGGCUUUCGAGAGCAGCCAGAAGUACAAGGAGGGGAAGUUCAUCAUCGAGAUGUCGCACAUGGUGAAGGAGAACGGCUGGGACUGACGCGGGGGCACGGCUGGGACUGGGGGGCACGUGGGGGCACGUUGUGGGGCUGGCGCUGGGUGAACCCCUCCUUUGCACCUUCCCCGUGCCCCCCCGGUCGCAGUGCCCGUCCCCAGCCGCGGGGGCUGCGGGGCUUUUCUAGGGCAAUAAAGGCUUUUUUUUUUAGGAAGGC